AUGACCGGGAUGUUGACGAUACCGGGCACCGUCAGCAUCGGUGCAACCAUUAAGCUUAUGAAACGGUAUCAAAUCAUCGAUGUUAAGCACCCGUUUGCGGACCACUUCUCGCACGUACUCUAUGUAAUCCGUCUGACCGGGAACUGGGAGUUGGUUUGGUCGGACGAGUUUAAUGGUGAUUUGUUCAAUGAUUCCGAAUGGAAGUACUCGUCUGGAGCGUGGACAACAAAUAAUGAACUGCAAUACUAUGCCUCUAACACACGGGUAGAGAAGGGACACCUCAUUAUUGAGGCCAAAGCCGAGGAGAAGGACGGCCGACACUUUACGUCCGCACGGCUCACCUCAAAGAAGGCCUGGACUUAUGGCAAGUUUGAGUGCAGGGCUCGCCUACCGAAAGGCAAACACUUAUGGCCAGCCAUUUGGCUUAUGCCUCAGAACAACGAGGCGGCCAGCGGUGAGAUAGAUAUCAUGGAGUACAGGGGUCAGCGCACCGACACUAUAGCCGGAGCCCUUCACUACGGAGGAGUGGCACCCGACACGGUGUCCAAAGUGACUAAAGAUAGGAAAUUUAGCACUGAUUUCAGCGCAACGUUUCAUACAUUCGGUCUCACGUGGGAUAAGAAUCAUAUUAAAUGGUUUUUAGAUGGAAAUGAAUUUCACACCGAAAAUAUAAACAGAGAUAUGUGGUCGGGAAAUGGUACUAAUCCUUAUAAACAUAAGGGUGAGCCGUACAAUAAGGAUUUCCAUUGGAUAUUGAAUAUAGCGGUGGGCGGGAAGUUUUUUCCCGAAAAAGUGUUCGGCCCUCAGGUGACCGCCUCGGAGGCCACCAAAUGGGAGAAGCCUACGAUGGAAGUGGAUUGGCUGCGAGUGUAUCAACAGAAAUCAAUUGCUUUCUAA